ACCACGUUGAACUAUGCAUGUGUUGGCAUGUAUUGAUUGCCAUGCACUAAAUCCUGGAGCACAGCUGUUACCUACAGAUUUUGACUAAAUUAAAAAUCCUCUAUAUAAGGUGAACAAAAUCUACAGUCUUAAACUCUUAACGCCAACCUAUUGGUGCUAAAUAUAGUAACCUCGAUAUAGGGCCCACUGUAAGUGAUACAGUGGGAUACAGUAGGCUUGCUGGUGCCAAGCCCAACUGCCCACAGCAUUUCAGCUAGUGAUAACCGAAGCCGUCCACCCUGGCUCCAUCCAAAGCCUCCCAUCUCGGUUUAUAAAAACCACCCCAAGGCCAAGUCAAAGCACACAACACCGCAGCAGCAGGCCUUGCAAACAUUCUUGCUUGUCUUGCUUCUCUUCCAACCCACACCAUGGCGGUCGUCACCGCCAGGAGAACCCUGUCGAUCGCCGCCGCGGCCGUUCUCAUGGCGAUUGUCGCGGCGGCGUCCUUGGCGGCGGCGAGCAAGGACGCCGACGCGCUCACGUCCCUGCGCAAUGGCCUCAAGGACCCCGACGGCGCGCUCAAGAGCUGGGACCCGACGCUGGUCAACCCGUGCACGUGGAUGUCUGUCACGUGCGACGGCGACAACCGCGCGUCACCCGCCUGUAAGUGGCGCUGGCGCCUCGCCGCUUCUUUCUUUCAGACCUCCUUGUCUAUCUGGGUUAGACUGGGAUUAGGAGAGAAGCGAGAUGCAUUCGUGAUUCAUCUGAGGCCUCGUUCGUUUCGACCGGAACCGCCCGGAAUGAGGCCCGUUCCGGGCGGUUUGGUCCGUAAGCGUUCUUGUUCUUGGGGUUGAGAUCCGUAGGGAUGGGAAUCUAGGCGAGGCCGGCACCGACAACGCCUGCAGCAGCGGCAUCCGGUGCUUCCUGUCGGGUGCCGACCGGAGGGUGGCGUCACGGGGGACGGGCUCCGCUGGCUGCUGCAGGGGCUUGGUCCGGCACCGGAAGGUGGGCGUCGACGGGUUGCUGCUGCCGCUCCCCCUGGUGGCGUGCGUCGUGCAGGCGGCGCUUCUUGUUCUUGGCGUCGCCGUCGUCCCGCUGGACAGAGGCGUGCACAGCGCCCUCCGCCACCCCGUCCCCAUCCCCUCCUUCUCGUCGUUGAUUGGUGCGGAAGAAGAAGCACAGAGGAAGGUGGCGAGCUGCAACUGGUGCGGGAGCCUGCUGCUGCUUGCUGGCUGGUGGUGCUCUUAAUUGCUACGCGCUGCUGCUGCGGCUGCUAAUAAUAAUACGCAGGUGAAGGAAGGAUGAGGAUCACAUGGCAAGGCAAUGGCUGAAAGGUCUGCCUUUCUUUUCUUACAGUUAUGGUUAACUAAGCAAACAACUCCACUAUACAGCAUUUUGUAAUUGUCAUCUUGUGGUACCUGAUGUUUCUCGCUUUUUUGCCUCUUUGGGGGCUGGAGAUUUUGUUUACUAGGAUUUGCUCAGAAUAGAACAAAAGAAUACGGCCAGAUGCUUAAUCCUGAGGUUCAAGAUCAGAUAACUCCAGGUUUGGCCAGAGUCUCAUGACUGAAAUUGGUCAUCUCGGCAAAGAUAUGAAAGAACUACUACAAGAGAUGCCUUUUUUCAUCAUUGUCUUAGGUUACAUCUCCUAUAACUUUGUCAUUGGUGCUUAUUCCUACUGGGGCCCCAAGGUGGGCCAACAGAUCUACAAUAUGGCGAGUGCAGGUCUUAUGUUUGGUGGAAUAACUAUAGUGUGUGGAAUCCUUGGAACUCUAUCAGGAGGUAUCAUCCUUGACAAGAUAGGGGCUACAAUUCCUAAUGCUUUCAAGUGAGCUGCAAGCUAACAUUCUGCAGUCCUAAUGAAGUGACAUGUGCGCACAGUUCUAUUUGGAAUGAACUAAUGAAGUUAGCAGACUGCAUACCUUUAUGCUUCCAUUUCGUUAGCGUGGAUCUGUGGUGACUCAUAUGUUGUUGUCAUUGUGUAGCUAAUUUCGAUUUUUGUCUUAUUUUAUCAAAAGGUGCUUGCUCCAUAUCCAAAUGUCAGACACUGGCCUACAUGCUAGCUCACUGGACAAAUUUGAUGUAUUGUUUUGGUGAAAUAGCUCUGUUGAAUACAAAUGUUCAAGAACAAA